AUGGAAGGCAAGCUGAGCAGAAGCCUUGCCGACCUGAAUGAUUACUUGUUCGGCAUCAUCGACGCUCGAAAGUUCGACCUGAGAAAUGAGAAUCGCAUCCUGCAUGAGGAGGAGGAGGAGGACGACCUGUUGUCAAGGCCACCACUAACAUUGACUUUCAAGGAAGUUGACCGCCUGGUAUAUCUAAAGGCGGCGUUGUCCGAAACACUGAGAUUGUAUCCAUCAGUUCCGGCGAAUCUCAAACAUGUCGUGGCUGACGACGUUUUGCCUGACGGUACGUUUGUUCCCGCGGGUUCGGAGAUUUUGUUGUCUUUGUACUCAGCGGGGAGGAUGAAGUCUACCUGGGGUGAAGAUUGUUUAGAAUUUAAACCCGAGAGAUGGUUGUCGUCGUCUCUAACCGGGCCUGAUGGCAGUGGAAACCUGGAAUUCGUAAUGCAUGAUCCUUUCAAAUUUCCGGCGUUCAAUGCCGGUCCGAGAUCCUGUUUGGGUAAGAAUUUGGCGUAUGUGCAGAUGAGGUCGGUGGCGGCUGCUGUGUUACUCCGGCACAAACUGAUCUUGGAGCCUGGACAUAAGGUGGAGCAGAAGAUUUCGAUGUUGUCAUUCAUGAAGUUUGGACUUAUAGUCAAUCUGACGCCAAGGGAUCUUUCUACCAUCGUAACUAGUAUCAAUAUGGGUUGCCGAAAUAUGUAA